AUGUUGUUUUUCACCACAGCCAUGUGUGGAAGGGCGAUUAACACUCGCUCAACAAAACCCCUUCCCAGGCCAUUUGGGAGUUGCACGCUUCACACCCCGGAGUUCAGCUCGGUCCGCCUUCACGCGCAGCCUUUUUGUUUAUGCGAAGACAGAGGGGCGGAGAGGGUGGGAACCUUUAAAUAUGCAGGAGGCCGAAAGGGCUAUAUAAAGCCCGGGGCUCAGACCGUGUGGAAGAGAGCAAGGCUGUCCGCGAGCUGGGAGCGGCCUUCUGCGGAGCCUCGCCAAGCCAUGGAAAACGCGGAGAGCGCGGGGAGCGCGCGUUGCCGCCCCCCGCCGUCCCAAGUCCCAGACCGCCCGACGCAGUGCGGGGCGGCAGACUCCGGAUCUGCAGGCUUCUGGAGACCGUGGGAAGCUCGAGGCGAGCGAGAGGAGCAGGCGCCUCGCCACCCUACGGAGGCGAUGCCCGGUGGCCAAGGAAUGACCGCAGCCCCAGGAAAGCUUUCCCAAUACAGGCACCCUGUCAGAAAAAGCACUAAGGAAAUGAUAUACAGACUUAGAACACGAAAAGCGAAAUUGGAAGCUAUUGCAAUUGUUCAGACUAUUAUGGCCAAAAUCAAAGCGUUAUGAUUACUUGUAUCAAGAGGCAGAAACUCUUCUGAAAAAUUUUCCAAUUCAAGCCACAAUUUCAUUUUAUGAAGAUUCUGAUAGUGAAGAUGAAAUUGAAGAGCUGACCUGUGAAAACUAAGCUAAUUUUUGAUGAUAUUUAAAGCUAGUAGGAUUUAAAUUUAGUGUACAAAUGUA